AUGGCUGCGAUUAUAAAUUCGCGUUCUGCGGAAACCGCCGAAUCGACUGAAACCACAAGUUUCGCCAACUCGAAGCCAAGUAAGAUUAUUUAAAAAACUGUUGUGAAAUAUUUCCAAUUUUUGCAGCGCUUUUACACAAGAUCUCUGGACAUGUUGCACGCAUAAAUGAUAUAGUUUUGUUGUCGAAGGAUGAUGGAAUUUGGACGGCUAGCGACGAUCGAUCAGUUCGUUUGUAUUUGAAACGAGAUAAUGAUCAAUUCUGGCCUUCAAUUCAUCAUUUUAUGCCAGUAGCUCCAACUUGCCUUUUUUACUCCGAAGAAACCUAUAGGUAAAUAAUUUUUUUUUUUUGAAAAAAAAUCAAUGAGAACACGUAAAAAUCCGAUAAAUUGUGUGUGGAAACCACGUCAUUUCCAAAAAAAAAAACAUUUCAGACUGCUCGUUGGUCUAAUCAAUGGCCAAGUUUACGAAUUCUCGGUAGCUGAUGAUUUCAACAGUAUGAGCGAAAAACGAAAAUGGACAAUGCAUGCUGGACCGAUAUCCGGAUUGGGUUAUGCAAUCAGUGCCGAGUUGAUUUUCAGCUGUUCGCGCGAUAAAUCUGUAAUUUGGCAUUGCGCGGACACAUCUGUCAAAUUAGGCGCCUAUCAUUGUGAUAACAGUUGCACAGCUUUGGUCAUCGAUUUGCCAUUUGUUUUUAUUGGAGAUCACGCGGGAAAUGUGAUUGUUUUGAGAAUGUCUGGAAAUAAUGCGAAUUUGGUGAGCAAACUCAGUGCACAUACAGCUCCGAUUUCAAGUUUAUCCUGGGAUAGGGUGAAGGGUGAGUUUUUCUUUUUAAAAAAAUGGGUGGGGAGCUAAAAAAUCGUGAAUUUUUCCAGAAGUCUUGUAUUCUGGCUGCCACGAUAAUUUGGUCAUAAUGUGGGAUAUUGGGGGUGGACGUGGUGAGGCUUAUGAAUUGAAUGGACAUACUUCAAAAGUCACGAGACUCUGUGCGGCUCCGGGAGCUUAUCGAUUAUUUUCGGCGGAUGAUUUGGGAAAAUUGAUGUGUUGGGAUAUGAAGGCAAAGAGGUUGGGGUUUUUGAGGAAAAAUUCGAUUUUCAAAUUUGAUUUCGAACUGAAAAUUCCCUGUCGCAAAAAAUAAUGAUUUUCUGAAAUUUUGCAGAUUUUGA